UCUUCUCUCUAUUGUGUUGUCAGGAGACACAGCGAGCGAUUCCCAACACUUUAGCUCUUCAGUUCUACACCGAAAAUGAAUCAGCUGUGUUGCGUCAACCUGUUGAAAUGAGUAAAGUUUUACGUGGAUUUUAGACCUCUAGAAUCAUGAGAAGGAGGUCUGGAAUCUUGAAAAUCUGGUUUGAGACUCAAGAUCUGUCAUUUGAUGUUGAUUAAAUAUUUCUAAUUGUAAAAAGGCAACAAGUAAAAGUUAAGUCACAAUGGAUGCAGCAUUUACUGUGUCUACUGUCCCAGUCUUGACAAGUUCAUCGUUGGAUCUGAAGUGUGCAGAGUCGAAGACACAGGAUGGAAAAUGUUUGCAGGAGCUAGUGCUUGGCCUGACAGAACUGGGCCUUGAGCUCAACAUUCCUGCUUCUGCUGCCACAGACGAAGUGCGAGAACAUUUCUCACAGACUCGUGUGGCUCAGAGUCAGAGACUGCCAGUAGAACCAGAACCUAUAGACACCUCCACAGCUAUACCCCCUGGUGCCAAUAUCAACUUUCUCAACUUUCCCUUCAUUACAAACAGAGAGACAGUGAGAUACGUAAAUAAUUCAGACUCAAGGGUGAUGUUUGUCUUGAGGGGCGUUUCUGGGUCGGGAAAAUCUACAGUUGUUUGCACAAUCAAAAAUUUAUACGCCACUCGUGCAGUUGUGUGUUCGGCUGAUAACUUUUUCCUUACAGAGGAUGGCGAGUAUGAAUUUGAUGAGAAAUUGCUCAGCAGCGCCCACAGUACGUGUCAGCAGAAAGUGAAAGAGGCGUGUCACAAAGGCACACCAGUAGUGAUCGUCGACAACACUAACGUGAAAAAGUGGGAAAUGAAAUUUUAUUUAUCACUAGCAAACAGAUGCGGUUAUGUGGUCAUUCUUGUAGAGCCAAAGACUCCAUGGAAAAAGAACGCUCGUGAACUUCAUAAAAGGAACAAGCAUGGAGUGCCUCUUGAAGUCUUGCAGAGAAAAGUAAACUCUUUUGAUGAUAUCAUUCCCUCAUACUAUGGCUGGUUCCUGAAUGGCAAGAUGUCUCAGAAACUGUCGAGAUUUUGCUCAAGUUUGUUCAUGGAGUGCCAGGAAAAGUUUCCAGCUUUGAAGAGGGACUUGCUUCAAGAAUUGCAUGUGCAGCCCAGUCUUAUUGAUGAAGAGACUGCCCAAGGCAUUUUGACAGAGUAUUUCUCACAUGCUGCACAGUCCAGCCCCCUCCUCCACUGCACGUCUCGCUUCUGUGCCCGGGGAAAAGUACCAGGGUCCACUACAUACCACAACCGUAGGGACGUGCAGGCUGCUUGCGGGAAGUCUUUCUGUUUGACCAUCACUGCCGUGGUCAUUACUAGGAGAACUUUGAGCAUUCGUGUGUCACUGGGAGAGAACCAGAUGCCCUUGUUUGACCGCCCGGAGGAGCGGGACUGGGCAAAAGGAGCCAGGGGUUUUUACAGUAAUACUUCAGUCUUGCCUGCUGGUAGCAGUAACUGCCAUGAAGGGGAAGAUGAAGGAGAUGGGUUUAGCGUUGUCAGGAGGGGGAAGAAAAAGGGCAGGCUUGCGAAACAGACCAAGAGGAAAACCAAACAAUCUCCACGUAAAGAAGAGCAAGACGAAAGCAACCGAGGCGAAAAUCUCGAGAGUGGUGAUCCAUUUGUCAGUGAAGCAACGUCUGAGGGUGACACCUCCGCAGAUAUGUCAGAUCUGUCCGAGGGUGGGGGACUGGCAGAGAUUUUCCCGCACGCUCAGUUCUCUGGUACGGGUAGAAGUUGCCACUGUACUGUGAAAACGGCCAGAGGCAUCGAGUCAAGGGAGACAAACUUUGACAUUUUGCAGUUGUGCGACAUAGAGAGGUCACAGCUCCAUCAGUUGUCAGAUUUCAUUGAUGUGAAACAUGGGAAAGCAAAGUACUAUGGUGAUGGAUUUUGUUGUGUAUAUUUCACCAAGCCUUUGAAAGUCGGUUCUUUGUUCAGUGGUUAUUAUUAAUUACGACAAAAAUUGUUCAAUUUCUGUAUUGAAUAUAAGACUUCACAUGAGUGAAGAGUGAAACUUUAAAGAUUAAAUUGUAAAUUAUCUUCUUAUAUUAGUAUGCUUCAUAGUUGAUAUUAUUAUUAAUCCUAAUAUGGCUGGUGGUUGGAGGGUGGUCUGGUGUGGUUUGCUCCUUCUGUCCUAUCAAACAUCUAUUGUCCUGAUCUCUCCUCCGUCUUUUUUGUGUUUGAUACUCUCUUGUAACAACUCCAGUUUUCAGCACUUAUAUGACCUUCCUGUGUUGCAACUGCUGUAACCCUCAUACUAAACUUAUCUUUAUGCCCUUCAAGCCAAUACUGUUUUAAAAGACCUGUUGAAAAAAAAAGCUCUGACAAAAGUUGUACACACUACAGUUUUCAUGGUGAGACAGUUUAAGGCCAGGGGAUUGGAGAACUGUUGAUGGGUCCUAUUUUUUUCUUCUGUCCCUCUGCUCUUUCCUCAUUUAAUUUUUUUUCCCCAGGAGCGUGUAACUUUUAUUUUAUCCAUAUGUUUCUUAUCUUGUUGAGAAAUUAGUAUGCCUGUCUAAAAUAUAUUUAGAAUGAGUUGGGUGUGAAGAGGGAGGCAGAACUGGCUGGCAAAAAAGCACUCAUCAAAAUGAGUUAAAAGUGUUUUAGUGUGUAGAUGGUAAGUCAGAUAAUGGUACGUUGCAAACAAUGAUAAAUCUGUGUUUGAAAGAUGCAAAUUUUAACUUUUAUUUGAUGAUAGAUGUGAAAAUAGAAAGAACACAUCAUGUGUCACUCUGCAAAAUGGAAGGCACACUGUCAAAACAUUAAGGAACAUAUGAUGUGAAUCUGCUCUACACAGGAUGGCCUUAUUAAAUUAAUGUUAUAGUUUGGGGUUUUUUUUAUACAUUGUACUUAUUUUAUUUUUGGUGGCCUACAAUAGUAUGUUCUUUUAGUGUAAUAAUAACAUGAAAACAGACUUUUAAAAUGCACAUGGUCAAAUUUGAUACUACCUAUUUUUUAAUCAAAUAUGUUUGUACAAAAUUCAUAUGAUUGUUGUUGUUUUUUUCUACGCUUAUAAUUUCUGUAGCGAAACUUCAAAGUGUUUUUAAUUUUUACUGAUGAUAAUCACUUCUCUACCUUAGAAAUACUAAGUUUUAUCUGACAUUUUUGGCUUUUUUGAGUUACACGUACUAAGACCAUGAGUCAGAAACCAAAUGCUCUAUCUGCUUUAUCAAAUGUUAAGAUAAUUUGAAGUCCUAAUCAAGACAUUUUAAAGAAUUGCAUAUUUCAAAACUAGGAAGGCCUACUGAGCAGAUAAAACUUUGUAAUUCUGAGGGAGCGACUUUGCUCACUUUUGCUUUGUCUUAAUACUUGAUGUAUUGCUACUUUGCUUUGUCUUAAUACUUGAUGUAUUGCUACUUUGCUUUGUCUUAAUACUUGAUGUAUUGCUACUUUGCUUUGUCUUAAUACUUGAUGUAUUGCUACUUUGCUUUGUCUUAAUACUUGAUGUAUUGCUACUUUGCUUUGUCUUAAUACUUGAUGUAUUGCUACUUUGCUUUGUCUUAAUACUUGAUGUAUUGCUACUUUGCUUUGUCUUAAUACUUGAUGUAUUGCUACUUUGCUUUGUCUUAAUACUUGAUGUAUUGCUACUUUGCUUUGUCUUAAUACUUGAUGUAUUGCUACUUUGCUUUGUCUUAAUACUUGAUGUAUUGCUACUUUGCUUUGUCUUAAUACUUGAUGUAUUGCUACUUUGCUUUGUCUUAAUACUUGAUGUAUUGCUACUUUGCUUUGUCUUAAUACUUGAUGUAUUGCUACUUUGCUUUGUCUUAUUACUUGAUGUAUUGCUACUUUGCUUUGUCUUAAUACUUGAUGUAUUGCUACUUUGCUUUCUUGUUUGAUAUGAUCCAAUCAAAACAGUCUCCAGAGAAAUGAAAGCCAUAAA